AUGUUGUGGGACUUGUCCCACAGUCUGCGUGUCUCUGGCGAGGAGACAUAUGAUCUAGUACUAUUGAAUACUCCUAUCCCAGAAGAGCAUGCUGCCAUAUUUCAACUGCUAUGGAAUCAUGCGAGGUACCGUAUAGCCGCGGAUGGAGGGGCAAAUCGUCUCUUUCAGUUCAUGCAAACACACGAGGAGGAACUCAAAUUGCCCUCGCUCAUUUGCGGAGAUUUGGAUUCCAUCAAAUCGCAUGUUCGUGCGUCGUUCGAAGCGAAGGGUGUGGACGUCCAGCGAUUUCCGUCUCAAUACUCGACCGACCUGCAAAAGGCCAUCCAGGCACUGGAAGAGCGUGAAGGAUCACGGCCUUUAGAGCUGAUCAUAUUUGGGGGUCUAACAGGCCGCUUAGACCAAUCUGCCCAUACGCUGCAUGUGCUAUGGCAGCUGUCGCCAGGGACACUGAUUGAUGGGAUGGUGGUGCCGCCAGCAGAGGGCGAUGAGUGUAAAGAUGGGCGCGUCCGACGGCGCGCGCGUACCCUUGUCGUGUCUGAUGGAUGCAUUACAUGUCUCCUCGAUGCUGGCUCGCAUACGCUUCAGCAUGAUCGACGCGUGCUCGGCAAGUCAUGUGGGAUUCUGCCAUUGGGUGUAGCUACGGCACAUGUCCACACAACCGGCCUAGAAUGGAAUCUACGUAUGUAUCUUGUCCAAAUAUCACUUACCACAGACGGUGAGACAUCUACACUAGGGGGCUUUUUGUCUACAUCCAAUCACCUUGCGCACGACAAUGGGGAUGGUGUGGUGACAAUCACCACGGAUGUCCCCGUAUACUGGACCGUGGAGCUCCAAACGGACGAUGUCCUGGACACGGCAUGGCUGCAUGGCCACAAGCACCGUGCGUAA